CGGGGGAAGCAGCAUGGCGGCAACCCUGGGAAUUCAAAGCGACAUAUCGACUGUUGAACUUAUCCAAAUGCUGCAAGCUGAGUCUGAACAGUGUUUUAAAAGAAUGGAAGCAUUAUCAAGUUAUUCAUGUUCAGAUAAUGAAUUGCAAAAUGAACUUGAGAGACUACAAGGAAUAACAAAACAACUAAAUCAAAGUUUGGAAUCCUCUGGUCUUUCAGCUCUCCCAGGGGAUCUGGAUUUAAUGCAGGACUCUCAAGCAUUUAUCAAAAAAGCAAGAGAAGAAACUGAUAACAGUAGAAGUACACUAAAAAGAAUUCAAGCUAACUGUAAAACAUUACUACAAGCUAUGGUGAAGAAAUAAUACAUAACAUACAUAUUUAUGUAUUAAUACAUUAUGUUUCACAAGACUGUAACAGGCAACACCCUUUCCUUCCCAUUGGUCGUUGCAACAGGAAGAAUUUUACGGUAUCUAGCUUACAGUCUGGAAUCUUCUAUAUCUAAUACUUGAGGAAAAGUUUGUUUGUUUUCUUUCAUAUUGGUGAAAUAUUUAUAGACACAGACUGUAUAACAUGGACUGGUGUCAGGAUUGCAUUUGAAAUAUGUAUAACAAAACAAAACAAAGGAUUGGAACACUUCAGCUUACACCCAAAUAAUUUACCUUCACAAAUAAUUGUACAGUCAGACUGAGCUGGUUAUCCAAGAAAUGUUGAAGAAUAAGGUAGAACAUUUAAUUAAUGUGUGAUCAGUAACUCAGUACACUUUAUGAAACACUUGCUUGUGAUAUGCUUAGUAUAUUAAUU